CUUCAAUCCAUAUUGCUGAAUGUGUCAGUCUUAAUUCGACGCUCAAACCGUUCGCACAACUCUCUGAAAAAUGUUUUGUUUCGUUUACAUUAUUUUGCUGUGUAAUAUUUUACUUUUUCGAAUCGGUUUUGGUCUCAAACAGGAUGAAGUUACGGAUACAAUAUGCGAUUGCAGUUGUGAUGUGCAAAUAGAUAUAGUUAAACAUUUCUUGAAGGACUUAGAGGAUAUACGAAAGUGCACGGAUAAAAUGUCUAACAUCGAAGCGCAGUUACUUCGGAAUCGAGCAUCGAAACCGUCUAGUUGUAUGGAAGCAGCAGCUAAUAGCCUUGAGAGUGGAAUCUACAAAAUCCAAAUAAAAAAUGUGAAUGUCACCGAUGUGGAGGUGUUUUGCGAAGAGGGCGUGGAUCUUGGAGGAUGGUUAGUUAUACAACGGCGUCAAAGUGGCUCAGUAGAUUUUAAAAGAGAUUGGCAUGACUAUAAGGAUGGAUUUGGCACCUUAACGGGAAACUAUUGGAUCGGUAUGGAAAAACUACAUGCGCUCACCAACAACUGUGAACAAGAGUUAUAUAUUCAAAUGAAAAGACGAAAUGGCCAGGAAUACUAUGCAAAAUAUUCGAAAUUUCUCAUUGGGAAUGAAGUAGAGAUUUACGCUUUGAAGAAAUUGGGUGAUUAUAGCGGAAAUGCUGGCGAUUCCUUAAGAAAACAUUUGGGAAUGAAAUUUUCAACAUAUGAUCGUGAUAAUGAUGGGGCUUCAAGAAAUUGUGCACUGAUAUUUGAAGGCGGUUGGUGGUUUGACGAUUGCUAUAGAAGUCACCUUAAUGGAGUCUACGGAGAUGAUAAUGCCGGUGUGAACUGGCGUAGUAUAGAAGAAGAUGAAUCUUUGUCAUUUGCGCAAAUGCUGAUACGACCAAACCACAAUUGCUUAAGACGGUCUAUGUUAAGAAAUUGAAGUCGAGGAGCCCAAAUGAAUAUUCCAAUUUUACUGUUGGCGUUAUGAACAGACUCAAAUAAAUUCGUUUUCUAAUAAACUUAUUAUAUUUUCAAUUUGUA